AUGGCCAAGUAUUUUCUAACAUUUGCAAUUCUCUGUGUUGUCGGUGCGGUUUUAGUUCGUGGUGCAAUCGAUAAAAAUGCAUUAAUUGCGGAAUUUAUGUCCAAAGGAGAAGCUUGCAAGGCAGAAACUGAUGCCACUGAUGCUGAUCUUGCUGAGAUUAUAGGUAAAAAAUCAGCCUCGACAGCCGAGGGAAAAUGUCUGCGUGCAUGUAUUAUGAAGAAAUAUGAAGUGAUUGAUGCCAAUGGAAAAUUUGCUCCAUCUGUUGCUCUGAAACAUGCUGAAAUGUAUACGGAAGGAGCAGAGGAUAAAAUGAAAAUUGCACGAGAAAUUAUUGAUGCCUGUGCCAAGAUAAGUGUAUCUGACGAUCACUGCGAAGCAGCUGAAGAAUAUUGCAAGUGUUUACAUGAACAAGCUUUGGCACAUGGAGUCGAAGAUAUUGAUAUUUAA